AUGCGAGAUCUCGAGAAGGGGGAAAGUGCCGUCGACGAGGCUACUCAAGAAACGAAGCGUGAUCUCUCCAUCUCAAAAGAAGAAGAUGCCUGGGCUGGAAACGAUAGCGAUGCGGAAUUCGAAGACGAAGACAUUGACUAUGGCGAUGACGAGGAAGCGGGUACAGAUGCCGAUGCAGAAGGCGAUACCGAUGACGAGAACGAGAUUGAUGCAUUCAGCGGUUCCGUCUUUACGCCAAACGCCGACAAAGACGUUGUCAUUGGUGCGGUGACGCAGAAUGCACAUCAGAUGCUCAGGGUGAAAGACGAACAGGAGAAGAAGGACUCGCCCAUGACGUUCAAGCCGGGUGAGGAUACGGAUAUGGAUGAUGAGGACUCGCCGGAGGAGACUAAGGCCAUGAAGGUUGAUGAGGAAGAUGAUGGUGAUAUGGUUGAGGAUUUAUAUCGUUGGUGA